UGUCUGCUAGGGGCGACUCUCAAUGCUUCGAAAAGAGACGGGCAAAGGGACCCUUGGAUCUGCAAGCAUGCUGGACACCUGAGAUCUCACAGCACAGACGCAAAAUGUGCGGGUUUUUUUUUUUUUUUUUUUGCAUUAGACCUUAACUGAAUUGGAACCUAUCUGCUAUUUGGAGUUUAAUGUAAGCUGUUGCUUACCAAGAGAGAAAGAAAAAGAAAAAGAAAACACCAAUACGGAUUUGUUUUCUCCAUUUUUUUUUUCUUUUCGUUUUUUCCUUUGUCUUUUGCAUGGCACUUAUAUAUUUCGUUUCUGUUGGGUAGUUGUAAUUUCGUUUUCAUAAUUGAUUUUCUCUCCUGGAGCGAUUGUGGCAUGGCUAGUGUGUUCUUAAUGGAUCUGAUGGUGCUAAUAGGACUAACAGCUAUGUUUGCAAAAGGUUCUCCAGCUCCGAGUUCCGGAUCCCUCGAACCCAGCUUCACACAGCAGGCAGUGAAAGCAGUGGACGGCAGCUCGGCUCUGGGUCGCUGUGUGGACAGCGGGUCAUCGCCGGGGAGUAAUCCGGGCGAGAUGAUUCCGAGCACGGGCAGAGAGUUCACAGCACCUCGCAGGAGAUCCAAACGCUGUACCUGUUACACUUACAAAGACAAAGAAUGCGUUUAUUACUGUCACCUAGACAUAAUCUGGAUCAACACACCAGAACGCACGGUCCCCUACGGCCUCUCCAGUUACCGGGGCUCGCAGAGGAUGAAACGCUCCGUGGAGCAUGUGCGGAGUGAGGGGCGAGCUGGGGCAGGCUCCCCCCGGUGUUCCUGUGUGGAGGGGGGGGACCCCCAGUGUGAAAGCUUCUGCAGGGAAAGGUAUAAAGGAGACUCAGCACAGAAGCAGCUGCCGCAGAAGAGACUCGGAGGGGAGAGCUUUCUGCCCACAGACAGCCGGACAGGCCUCUUCACUGCGCCACACAGGCAUCUGAAGUGGGGGCAGAGGGCUCCCUUCGUUCAGUAGGGCACGCCCUCCCCAGAGUCCAGCCAGCCCAGCACUCCACACACACGCGCUCUUCAAAGCGUCACUCCGUCUCUUCCUCUGAGCUCAGCUAACUGGCCAGAAAAAGGACGAAAGUUUGGAACGUAAGAGACUGUAUAUUUCUGAAUGCACCGGAACGGCUCAAACGGGCAUCAACCAAAAAUGGUUUCAAAAGGCACCAGGCUGAUGGAGACAAAGGAACUCGCUGAUAAUCUUUCCCAGCACCCUCUCUGGAUAGGGCUGCAUUGUGGUCACACUGACGUCACUUUGAGGUAUGGCAAGCAACCUCUGGGAGCAGGAUUACUCAGGACUCAAAAUGAGCACUAGUUAUUCACUGCAGGGAUUGUAUAAUGGGGCGCAGUUUAUAACUCGUGAACCGCAACAGAUCCCCGGCUUUUGAAGCCUUUGACCUACCUGACCAGAAUGCUAGCUGUGUGUGCUGCAGAACACUAGCAUCACAACACAUGCAUUCACACGCACUGUUACUGUUCAUGAUCAUCGGUGUGAUGGAGUGUGCAUCACCUCCUCUUCACUGUCAGGGUGUUUCAGCUCAAUAUAUUGAGCCUUUGAGUGCUGCCUGCCUUAUAAGAGUAUAUCAACAUGAAAUAUAUAACUAGAAAUAUAUCUUACAGAUGUUCAUAUUAACAAGUAUAUGGGCAUGGACACAGCAUAUAACCUGUGGGAUCCAGAUUACGUCUGGAAUACAGCGCCUUUUUAUUUCCUUAUUUGUUGUUCCUGGUGUUUUAUGUAUGUACUGAAAACAACAAGAUGCAAAAUGGGCAGUGUUCUUUCCUAUUGUGCUGUUUCUCAGAUUAGUCUGCAAUACAGUAUAUGUGCAAUCUAUGAAACUAUUAUUAUUAGUUAUUAUGAUUAUUAUUAUUAUUAUUAUUAUUCACCUUCCUUAACACACAAACGCCAACAACAUUUAUAUUGGUAGUUUCCUGCUCUGACAAACAGUUAAGACAAAAAAGACAGCUCUGUAAAACAUUGUUUCAUUUUGGGUCUUGAUUCACAAAAUGGACUACUGUAAGAAAAGUUUUGUUAAUUACAAAUUAUUGGUUUUUUUUUUUUUUUAGUUUUUUA